AGAUAAACAGAUUGUGUAUUCAUAAAUAUUUAUUUUUGUAGAGUCUAAUUCAGUUUCAGAUAAUCUGUAUUUUAUACCCUUUUUAAAGAAUUGUUGGAUAAGGUUUAAAUAACAGUUAUUCUUGGAUUCCCGAAUCCAUUCCAAUAUAACGCAGUUGAUAAUAUGAUUUACUAUAAUGCCUUUAAGUAAAACAUUCUGGUUUCCCAAAGGAUCGAUACUAAACCUCUCGAGAUCUAUUUCAUACAGUUCAAGUUGUAUUUUUAGAAAUAAAGGAUAUAAUUUCGUAUAUCUACAGCCACAAAAUACUGAGUUAGGGAAAUUGCUAUGGAAUUCUCAGUUUUCAGUGCAAAAUGUAUUAUUAAGGGCAUAUUCAAGUAAGGGAGGAGGUAAGGGUUCAAAAACUCAGGAAAAUGAGGAUGAUUUAACUUGUAAGGAGGAUGAAGGAGAAGAAGUUCAAGAAAAGGAUAAACUACUAGACUAUGACGACACAAAGGAGAUUGUAAAGAAGCCAUCCACAAUUAUUUACGAUGUUUUAAACGCACCAAAGCCUAAAAAUAAGUACGGAAGGCAAGCACAAACGGGUAAAAUUAGAAGGAAACCAAUACCUCUUUACGUUCCAGACAACAGCACAACAGAUAAUAGUCCACAAGAAAAACCAUAUAUACCAACUCGACUAACUCCUUCUCAAACAAGCUUAUUCAAGGAGGAAGAUGACGAUAGCAAGGAUAAAGGUGAUAGUGAGAAACCACCAAAGGUUGAGAAAACUGAUGGUGGAGAUCACUCAGAUCAUUUAAUAUCUGCCCAGUUCACACUGCCGAUUAUCCACUUUUCAAAUUCCAAGAGAGUGCACGCACUUCCAGCACUAGCGCUUUUUAGAAAGCCUGCAUUUCCAGGCUUCUAUCAAGUACUACAAGUUCAGGACCAGGCUGUGAUAAAGUGUUUAUCUAACGUAAAACAGAACUCGGGUCAUGAUUAUGUUGGCGGUUUUCUUACUAAAACAGAACGAACGAAUGAUGUUAGUAACUCAAAUAACCUUCCAAUGCUCAGAGAUGACGCAGGGGCAGUGUCAUCCUGUGAUGAGAUGCACGUGUACGGAACACUGCUUCAAAUCAUAACGAUAACACCGAACCUGAGUUUUCAGGGAGGCCAGGUGAUAUUGAUGCCGCAUAAGAGGAUUAAAAUGACUGGAAUUCACGCAGAACCUUCAGACGUACACCCACUGUACAGAGUGGCAGUUGAAUACGUGGAAGACACGCCGAAGCAUUUUGAAGACUCAUCAGUGACAAAAGCACUUCAUCUAGAGAUCAUAGCAACAGUGAAGGAGUUAAUAAAGACGUCUCACUUCUACAAGGAGCAUUUCGACCAGAUAAUCAGGUUCUACAACCUGGAUUACCCGACGAGACUGGCGGAUUUGAUAGCUGGAAUCUCACUGGCUAAAAGAGACCAGCUCCAAAACAUACUUGCUGAACUUAACAUAGACAAGAGACUUACAAUGGUUCUAGAGAUUGCGAAAAACGACCUUGAGUUUGCACGUGUUCAGAACGAAGUGAACACUCAGUUGGAGGAGAAACUAUCAAAGGACCAGCGCAAGUACAUUUUGACGGAACAAAUGAAGAUGAUUAAGAAGGAACUGGGGAUGGACGCAGAUGACAAGUCCAACGUGAUUGACCAGUUUGAGAGCGAGUUUGAAAGAGUCAAGAUGCACAUGUCAGAUGAGGCGAUAUCUUCAUUUAACAGUGGAAUUUCAAGACUUAAACACUUAGAGUCCUCAAGCGCAGAGUUUGGAGUUUGGAGGUCAUAUCUGGAGUGGUUAGUAGGUCUUCCCUGGGGAAAAACUACAGAGGAGUCUAAGGAUAUUCAUAGGGCUAAGGAGAUAUUGGAUUCACACCACUUUGGACUAAAUGAUGUGAAAACAAGACUUUUGGAGUUCAUGGCAACAACGAUCCUCAACGGACAAACUAGUGGGAAGAUAAUAUGCCUAAUAGGACCCCCUGGAGUAGGAAAAACAUCAAUUGCAAUGGCGAUGGCGGAGUCCCUAAACAGGAAGUUGUAUAGGUUCUCACUAGGAGGAUUGUUUGAUAUCGCAGAGAUAAAAGGCCAUCGCCGUACAUACGUUGGAUCACUUCCAGGCAAGUUUGUACAAGCACUAAAGUACACGAAUACACUUAACCCGCUAAUUAUCCUGGAUGAAAUUGACAAGUUGGGCAGAGAUACCAGAGGAGAUCCUGCAUCAGCACUUCUUGAGGCUCUAGACCCAUCACAGAACAUGAACUUCCGUGACUUUUACCUGGAUAUACCGGUAGAUCUAUCCCAAGUCCUGUUUGUAUGCACAGCAAACUCAAGUGACACCAUACCAGCUCCGCUGUUGGACCGAAUGGAGUUGAUAACAAUACCUGGAUACCUGCCAGAGGAGAAGUUACUGAUAUCAAAGAACUUUCUAAUCCCGCAGAGUAUGAAGAACACAGGACUCACGCCCAAAGUCAUUGACAUUCAGGAUAGUGCAAUUGAGUGCAUAAUUAAGCAGUACUCUAGGGAGGCUGGAGUGAGGAACCUGCUGAAGUGCAUUGAAAAAAUACACCGUAAAGUCGCACUAGACCUUGUAAUGAAACACACUAAAAGCACAAGUUCACAAACUACUGAUACCAGUAACGCUGAAUCUACAGAAGCUAGUGAAACAUAUAGUGAAGCCAAUAGUGAAGCAAAUAGUGAAGCCAAUAGUGAAGCAAAUAAUGUAGAAAAAUUAAAUCCAGCCGAAGUUGAGGAUGUUAAGAGUGCUUUGGAGAGUAUAUCGGAAUGUACAGUAGUUAGAUCUGAGGAUGUUCAGUCGUAUUUAGGAGUUCCAAUAUACACAAAGGAGACACUUCAUCCCUAUCCACUACCAUAUGGAGUGGUGCUAGGUCUGGCAUGGACAAAUGCAGGAGGAGCAACAAUGUACGUUGAGGCUCAUGGACAAAUGCUUGACAAGAAAGGGAACAUGAUAGAACCCGACAGAACUCCUGUAAAAGAGUUAUCAUCAACUGAUACUACACCUUCCAGUGAUAGUACUGGUGUUGAUGCGCUAAAGGGUGGAAGCCUCAAGGUUACAGGUCACCUGGGAACUGUAAUGACUGAAAGUUCACAAAUAGCACUCACAUACUGUAAAACAUUUAUCAGGAAACAUCAGCCCAAUAACAUAUUCCUAGAUGAGGCCAACAUACACAUUCAUGUGCCGGAAGGAGCAACGCCCAAGGAUGGUCCAAGUGGUGGGAUAACAAUGGCCUCAGCAUUGAUUUCCAUAGCAGCUAAAAAGAGAAUUAAACCUUCAAUUGCAAUGACUGGAGAGUUAACGAUAUCAGGGAAGGUUUUGAGAGUGGGUGGAAUUAAGGAGAAGCUCAUUGCCGCCAUCAGAGAGGAUAUUAGCACUGUGAUAAUGCCAGUUGGGAAUAAGCCAGACUUCGAGGAACUUGACCCUAGCAUCAAGGAUAAACUGUCCAUCAUUUUCGUAGAUACGUUUGACGAUGUUUACCAUCACGCCUUUGAGUAAUUUUAUAUACUAAUUA